AGUGGAUACAUGGACUAGGGAUGUCAGGAGUGCCGUCAUACGGGGCACCAUUCGCUGCUUGCCGUGCCGCGCCUCGAGUGGAUCUCCGGCCCCUUUCGUCCCCUUCGCGAAGCUGCUGACUGAGCCAUGUCGACCGAGAUGAAGGUCUCGCUCAGCAUCAAGGAGUACGUGCUGGUGGCCAUGACGCUGACACUCGUGCCCAUUCUGGUGCUGGAGCUCUACGGCGUCUCGCAUACUCGCAGCCACAACCAGGCCUUCCACGACGGCACCCCGGGCAUGCCGCAGCUUACGGACUUGGUUAUCGCCGGCGUCACCUCGGUGCUGCUCAUUGGUGCGCGCUUUAUCGCUGGAAAAGCAUUUGCACCGCUUGCUCGCGUCGUGCUCUCGCCAAAGAAGCGCGUAGUCGAAGACCGUGUGCAUCGCUUCACCACGGUGCUGUUCAAGUUCAUUUACUUCUCGGCCAUCACUAUCGUGGGCUUUAAGGUGAUGGAGCAUGAGCCGUGGUUCCCGCCGUCACUGGGAGGCAAGGGUGAAGCGAUGAAGACUUUCGAUGUGCUGUCCGACGCGCCUUCUAGUGCGCUCACUUACUAUUUCAUGGUACAGCUCGGAUAUCAUCUGCACAGUCUGCUGUUCAUGGUCUUCUUCUCGCCGAUUCGCAACGACUUCAUCGAAAUGCUGCUGCACCACGUAGCCACGAUACUUUUGAUUGGCGGCUCGCACCUGGCUAAUUACACGGAGUUCGGGGCACUUGUAGUGUUCACCCACGACCUGGGCGACGUCACUGGAUAUGGUAUCAAGUCCAUUGUGGACUCCGGUAACACGCCUCUGGUUGUGUUCAUGUACUUGGUACUGCUGGUUUCGUGGGCGUAUACACGGCUGUUCGUGUUCCCAUGCCACCUUAUCAACAGUACAUUCACCGCGCUGCCGCAGGAGCAUUUGAACAUCAACGCCACAUUCGCACAGCCGAUGGUCGUUAUGCUGUGCAUGCUCAUGGUGUUGCACGUAUACUGGUACUUCCUUUUCCUAGUGAUGGGGUAUGCACUGAUAAACAAGGGCGUGGCUGAGGACAUUCAGCACAAGGUGGAAGACCCCAACGAGGAAGACAACGCAGCUGAGGAAGCCAGCGCUGAGACCUCGCGCGUCAAAUCCAAGGACGACUAAGGUUGCACUUGAUAGCAUAAAUCAACAAAGCAUGCGUUUGUACGAAAUGGAUUAUGAUCACGACCUGA